AUGGCCAGUGAGACAGGAGACGUGACAUUCCGCAGAGAUCGCGGGGCUGAAGACCACAUCAUGGUGUGCCAAAGAUCCUUCUUGAUAUUCUGCAUCCUUUUUUCUAUCAGCAUCCAACUGACGAGAGCCCAGCACUGGUCCCACGGCUGGUAUCCUGGAGGAAAGCGAGAAAUUGCAUGGCCCAGAAACUUUGAGGACUCUGAAGAGAGCAGACUUUGUGAUGAAGGAGGUUGCCCAUACCGUAAAGUCCCAAGUGAUAAAGUGGUGACGCAUUUACUGCUUCUGAACGGUGAAGCCCCAUUUAACAAUCUUUCCUGCCAUGUUGUGAAGUGA